AUUUUCUUCGUCCCAGAAUGCACUGCAACAUAAACUUCAGGCGCGAACAAUGUGUACUGUAGUUGGCUGGAAACAGAAUAAAUUACAUUUCAGCACGGCAAAAGUGAAUCUUGAAACUGAAGAGGCCAGUAAUGACCACAAGGAGCAAGUCUUCAGUUCUCAAAGAUGUUGUCGCUUAUGUUGAUGUGUGGUCGUCAGACAAAACUGCAAAUUACUCAAAACCAUUCAUUCAGCAACUACAAGACAUGGGAGCCCAGGUUUCAAAAACAUUCAAUAAACAAGUCACACAUGUGGUCUUCAACAAUGGCCAUCCAGCUACAUGGAAGAAAGCCAAAAAAACCAACCUGAAGCUUGUGUCUGUUCUGUGGGUAGGGAGGUGUUAUGAUGACUGUGUACAUGUGGAUGAAAUGCUGUAUCCAGCCUUAAAUGAUGAAAGCAAUCCUAUGUUGAAGAACAAGAAACAUCGUUGCAUGCAGCCAAAAGAUUCUCCGGAGAAGACACCUGAAAAUGACAGACGCAUGAAAAGAAAAUUGGAUAAAAUGAUGAAGGACUUUGCUCCACAACAGCCUCUAGUUACAGAUUUCUCCCCCAUUAUUAUUGAUGAGGAGAAUGGAAUAGUCUAUAGUCCUUCAUUGAAUAGGUCAGAUUAUAUGGAACGGCGUUUGAAAGCAAUGAAAGAGAAACGGGAAAACCUCUCACCAACAGCAUCACAAAUGAUCGAAUCCUGCUCACCUCUGGGGUUGAAGCCUUCUCUUGGUUGCACACCGACUGUCUUCAAAUUUCCAUAUGACAAUUCAGACGAUGAUUCCAGUGCUUCUGUUGCUGAAACUGGUUACUCACCUGAUAAAGAAGAAGGGAGAAAACCACUUUGUGUUAGUGACCAUGGUCAUGAACAACCCAAGAGGAAUGAAACAAUAGAAAAACCAUGGUUGUCUCCCUGCCAUGAUGUGUUAAGGUCAACAUCUAUAAGUUCUUUGAAAUGUCCUGACUUUGAGGAAAACAAGGAUCAAGAAGGAGAACACCAGAAAAGGUCAAGAAGGACCUCAGUAAAAAAACAUAUCACAGCAGAACUAAAAUCUGUAUCUGAAAGUCCCAGACCAGAUGGGAGAUCUAACAAUGAUAAAGGAAAAAGGAAAGAUAAAGGGCAAUCUCAGAUCAAAUCAUCUAGUUUUGCUGCUAAACAGUCUAAGCUGUCACCUAAAAAAUCUGACACAGGAAAGCAAAAAGGAAAAGAUAAAUAUUUCAAGGAGACUAAGACCACUCUUUUUCCUGACACUGUGAAACCUAGUAAAUACCCCUCACUGACCGACAUUUCAUGUGAUGCUGCUGCUGCCCCCCCAGAAGAAACUACCUCUCCAUUACAGAAAAAUGAACAGAAAUUGUCAAAACGAGCCAGACCCUCACUUCCUGCCUUGGUACGACCUUUUCCUUUACCCAGUGAAUCUCAAAGUGCUGCAUCAGGUUCCACCAAAGAAGAUGAUAAUGCGUUUGAGGACUAUUUCUCCCCUGUCAACCACAAAAAGAAAUUACAUAGGCCUCUUUGCUCUGGCCUACCUGUGGAGAAAGACAUUCAGGUACCUUUUGUCUUGGACUCGUACACAAAGAAAAGAAAACAAAGAAGAAGUGAAAGCGUUGUGGCUGAAAGUUGCACUGUAAAAAAGAGGAAAGUGGAAGAAAGUCAAAGUGCAAAAACUCAGCUGUCUGAUGCAAUGGCUGAACAUCCACAACAGGACAGUAGAGAAUCUCCGCCUGAGUUGGACAAUCCCGGUGUUGGUUCAACACUAAUGGUCAAAAGGAGAAGACAAAGCACACUGCCAUUCACAAGCACCAGUGUAAUUACAACUGAUGUAAUAAAGACAAGGGCAUCUACAUCUGUAGAACCAACAAACCUAAAAGAGGCUGACAUGGCUCUAGAGAUGCAGACACAAUCUGAUGUCAGUGAUCUGUGUCAAACUUUAAAAAGUAGAGGAAAUGAACAUGCAUUUGCAGGUGGCAAAACAGAGACCCCUUCUGCAGAUCAGAAUAAACAAGUCAGCUCCAGUCUCCAGAACAUGGUCAACAAGACAAAGGUAAUGAGAACAUUGGUCAUGACAAGUAUGCCUACUGAGAAGCAGAACACGGUGAUUCAGGUAGUCCAGUCACUGGGGGGGUUCUCGAUUGUUGACCGAGUUUGCGAGAGCACAACACAUGUGGUGUCUGGUGGCCAUCGGCGGACUCUAAAUAUUCUAUUAGGCAUAGCCCGAGGAUGCUGGAUCCUCUCUUUUGAAUGGAUUCUCUGGUGUUUGGAGAAAAGGCAGUGGAUUCCAGAGGAACCCUAUGAGCUUUCAGAUCAUUUCCCUGCAGCACAGAUCUGUCGUCUCCAGAGGCACCUAUCUGCCGGGGAACACCAGCAGGACCUUUUCCAAGGUCAGCCAGCCAUGUUUGUAUCCCAGCACUCCCAGCCGCCCACUCAGAGUUUGGUGGAGCUGAUCCAGCUCUGUGGAGGAACAGUCUGCAAAACUGUCCGACAGGCUGGACUCUGCAUAGGGAAGUACAGCGGCAGGAGACCAGAGGGAAGCAGGAUCUUGUCUGAGCAGUGGGUGCUUGACAGUAUUACACAUCUGAAGCAGCUGUCUUAUGAUAAGUACGACUUGGAAUGAAAACUACUGUGUGGUUCAGUAUUAUUACUUUAAAAUAGUAGAGUGACAACAGAAACACUCAGUUUCAAUCUACAGUGUUCCUUAUCUUAGUUUGAAAAUCUUUUCAGUGGUUCUUCAUAAAUGCUCUCAAAUAUUCUGUUUUCAAAGAUUUUUAGCCUCUGGUUUCCAUGGAAACAUGUUACAUCACAGGGCUGUGGACCAUUUGACAAAUGUGUAAAUUACUGGGAAACAUGAAAACAAGCACACUAACAACCACCUGAUGUUACUUAAAUAUUGUUUUUCCUCUCUUAGUAACCACUACUGUGUUUUUUUCAGUUCAGAUUGAGCCAGACUUUUUCAAUGUGAUUUUAAAAAUGCUUACUCAUAACAUGAUAUAUUGUGAUAGAAGUGUGUUGUACUGUCAUUGAUAAUAAAAAUUUUAUUUUAAUGA